AUGAAUGGGCUACAUUGGUGUUAUCUAUUCUCCCUCGUCAUGAACUUGUUGAAGGGAUACAAAUUAUCUCACAUAUUUGGAGUCUCGAAGAUAACCCCUCCGAGGAAUAUCAAAUUGAACGGAACAACAGAUAAGAGAGAAAAUUACUACCAUUGUGGUGACAAUAAAGUAGCAUUAGUUACAGGUGCUGGACGAGGAAUUGGAAGGAGUAUUGCCAGAACAUUAGCCAAAUCGGUGUCCACUGUUUUGUGUAUUAGUCGAACUCAGAAAUCGUGCGACAGCAUCGUGGAUGAAUUGAAAUCAAUGGGACACAAAUCCUCGGGGUACGCAGUUGACGUAGCGGACAAAGACCAAGUGACAGAAUUGCUUAACAAACUGUUAACAGAAAACAAAAACAUAGACAUACUUGUAAACAAUGCAGGUAUAACAAGAGAUAACAUUUCUCUCCGAAUGAGUAGUACAGAAUGGGAAGACGUGAUAAAAACAAAUUUAAAUUCCUUGUUUUAUGUUACUCAACCUAUAGCUAAAAGAAUGGUAAAUAAUCGAUAUGGCAGAAUUAUUAAUAUGUCUAGCAUAGUUGGAAUUACAGGGAAUGCUGGUCAAAUUAAUUAUUCAUCUUCCAAGGCUGGUGUUAUUGGCUUUACAAAAAGUCUAUCCAAAGAAUUAGCUUCAAGGAAUAUAACGGUAAAUGCUGUAGCUCCUGGUUUUAUAUCAAGUGAUAUGACGAAUAUGAUAAACGACCAAAUAAAGAAGGACAUAAUUUCGCAUAUCCCAGCUGGGAGGAUGGGAACACCGGAAGAGGUAGCUAAUUUGGUAGCUUAUCUCUCUUCCGAUAUUGCCUCAUAUAUUAAUGGAAAUGUAUUCGUAAUUGACGGGGGGUUAUCCAGUUAA